GUUGGAAUCGUCAGUCUACAGAACAACUUGUACUAACAUAAUUUAAUGGAGAUGCGACGCCGCACGACUACACCGAAUCGGACAGCUCUUGCUGGCGCUCCGGAUGAUCCAAUCGUUAUAGAAGAUCUCCGUGUUGCGACAGAAGAGUAUCAGUUGGUAGAGUACGUCCCAGGUCUUCCUUCCUGUGCAAGAACACUACCGAAAAAGGAAAAAUUUAGCUGUUGCGAAUGGAUUCGGAUUUCUUAUCUACUCACGGUGUUGUUAAGUGGUUACGUCAUCGACCGAUUUUUCACUCCGACGUGGCACAAGUUGGCAGACCUUUUGAAUGUGUAUGGACGGAUAUUUCCUAAGCCAUCGACCGCGGAUAUUUGGAGAGAUGAUGCAUUCUUUGGAAGGCAGAGAUUGGUUGGGGUAAAUCCGUUCGUCAUUGAACGCUGUACCGAAAUACCAAAAAAAAUGACAGAUAACAUUGACAAGAGGAGGGCUUCCCUGGAGAAAGUAUUGCUACAGAAAUCUGAUGAUGAGGAUUACACUCUGGAUACAGCCAUCCGAGAUAACAGACUUUUCAUCGUGAAUUAUAGCAUUCUGGAUGGGAUGAAGGAUAAAUACGGAGUCUGUGCUCCUAUUGCGCUGUUCCUCGUGGAUUCUAACGAUGAAUUGAUGCCCGUCGCCAUACAGUUACAGCAAGAGGGGGGAAAUAACCCGAUGUUCUUGCCCGAAGACCGAAGCUGGUUGAUGGCAAAGCUGUGGUUCAACCACGCAGACAGUUCAUUUCAGGAAUCAUUUUCACACCUAGGUGUUACUCAUCUGUUAAUGGAGAGUGUAGCUGUGGUUACACACCGGAACCUCACUCAGACCCAUCCGAUUUUUCAAGUACUGGCUCCACAUUUCCAUUACCUUCUGGCUAUCAACACUGUAGCAAGAGAACGUCUGAUCUCAAAAAAUGGAUUAGUUGACCAGACGUUAUCAAUCGGCAGAGAUGGAAUGAUGGAGAUCAUCAGAAGAAGAUUGGCGCAGUGGAACAUGGACACUGACGGAAUACUACCGACAGAUCUUGAAAACAGAGGGGUAACAGGCGAUGGUAUCCUACCUAAGUACUAUUACCGUGAUGACGCACUUCUUGUCUAUGAGGCUAUCAACAAUUAUGUCAGGACGUAUGUCGGACUUUACUAUGAUGAUGCUGGCAUUAAUGGCCGACUACGAGUCAGUGAUGAUCAACAAAUGCAGGCCUGGGUGUUGGCGAUCAUUUCUGAAAGAGAAAAAGAAGGCGGUGGUUGCGGAAUACAGGGACUUCCGUUGGAUGAUAAUGGUCUCAAUAUAUCUACAAAUGAUCAGCUGAUUCAAAUCCUGACCUGUAUCAUAUACAUGUGUAGCGUGAGUCACGCGGUCACCAAUUUCCCACAGUACGAGCAGUACGGCUUCCAGCCAGCCUAUCCUGUUGGCAUGAGAGGGGCGCCGCCUCAGGACCCGCACGCCGAGCUGACAGGCGGAGACAUCAUCAGAGCCAUUCCAUCCAAACUCACCUGCCUAUUGGAAAUGGUUAUAAUGAAAUUCCUGAGUACAAGGAAUACCAGCCUUCUUGGUCAUUUCGACAAGGACUGUGUUGCAUUUCGUGGUGACGAAGCCGUACAACAGUUCCAAAAAGAUUUGCAAAGAGUUGUUGAAAGGAUCGAUGAACGGAACAGAACGAGAAGAUACCCUUACCUGUGGGCAAGUCCUGAAAAAAUCCCAAAUGCAAUCAGCAUUUAGACCAAACAACAUCUUGUCUUCUACCAACAUCUAGACCCAUUAACAUCUUGAAUUCUAUCAAAAUGUAAACCCAACAACAUUUUGUCUUCUAUCAACAUUUAGACCCAACAACAUCCUGACUUUUAUCAGCAUCUAGACUCUGCAAAACGCUGAAUUCCAUCUGACCCCGAUCAAGGACAAAUAACUCAAAUUUCUCCAGUAAGGCACAGUUGCAUCGUAUGUAUUUCCGCGAGGUUGUUUACUCACAGACGAACUAGAUGGUCAACAGCAUAUUAACUUACCUAAGACUAUUAUCAAAUAGUGAUGAUGGAAAUACAAUUUACAUGAGUGUUUGGAACAAUGAAAAUUGAUUUGUUACUUAGUAAUCACUAAUAUACAAGUCCCUCAACAUAUUACGUAGGUCGUAAAGAUCAAAAUUAAAUAGUUAUAUUAGUGUAUUCAAAAAUUUCCUUCAUUUAAAUAUCACUAAGAAUUUUCAGAAAAUUGAACUGCGAAAAACUACUUGUAUAAACAUAUUGAAAGAAAAUUAGAUUUUGAACUAGAAAAUAAUGUGAUAUAGCUACACAAAUAAUGGUCUAUAAGAAGUUUUCUGAUACAGUAAACUUUUGUAAAAAUGGGGUGUAUAAUUAGUGAAAUUGGUUACUAAUUGUAAGUGAAUAUAUAAAAGAAUGCGGUAUGGCAUGUAAUUAUGUGUUUUUUAUCAUUAUAAUUUUUUAUGUUAUCUCUCAUAUCUUUAUGCAGAGUUGAAGUAUACAAUUUUAUUGAUUGACAUGUAUAUUAUAUAUUUUUUAGAUGUAAAUAAUACUUGACUUGUGGUAUCCCUGUCGCUUAUCCUUUAGACAGAGGGCAUGGAGUAGGUCUCUAUUUUCCCUUAAGGCUAGCCAUUGUUGACUUAACUUCGAAGCUGACCUAUUUUAAAAGGGCUGUGUUAUUUUCCAAACCAUGCAGACAAUGAGCUUUAAGCGGUUUAGACUUGAAGAAAUACAAUUCGAGUUUUUUUGUAAUUGUUGUUUCGUUUUAUGAAAAAAAGACAGAUACAAGAAAACCUGGUUUAAGAUACAACAACCCGAAAAAUAUUUAGUAGUUAAUGUUUUACUGCAGUGUCUAUGAAGUUAACAUUUCUUUAACAUUUUAUAUUUUAUAUUUUAAAUCAUUAUUAAAUGUGAAUAUAUAUAUUUUUUUGGAAUGUCUCCAAAAUAUUAUUUAUAAAAUAAAUUAAGGGUUUAUAUACUACAUCUAUUUGGUUAAAAAAGUUUUAACAUUCUACUGAUAACCAUGCUGUAAUUUUACAUUAUGCUGUUAACCAUGCUAUUAUUUUACAUAAUACUGUUAAUUAUAUAACCAUGCUGUAAUUUUACAUAUUGAUAACCUGCUGUAAUAUUACAUUAUAUUGUUAAUAAUGCUGUAUUUUUUUACAUUAUACUGUUAGCCAUGCUUUAAUUUAACAUUCUACUGAGAACCAUGCUGUAAUAUUACAUUAUACAGAGAACCAUGCUG